AUGGAUUUCAACCAGAUGAACUCUAUUCAUCUUCGAGGAAAAUAUGAAACUUCGAACCGUCACUGCGAGCGAGUCUUCGGCUCGAUGAAACAACGAGAAAUCACAAGCAUCGGCUCUUCCUUCGUUAACAUCGCUGACAUGACUGUCGCUCAAGUCAACAAUCUAUCUGUUUACUUGAAGAAAAUGUCGAAAAAGAAGCGUGGUGAACUUUGGAGAAAAAUCGACAGCUCAAAUGAUCUGAAGACAAUGAAGGAAGUCCGAAAACAGCUGUAG